AUGGCGUUGCAUAACGUACCGCCUAAGAGGAAGGAGAUUUACAAAUACGAGGCACCAUGGCCUCUGUACAGCAUGAACUGGUCUGUGAGACCCGACAAGAGGUUUCGUUUGGCACUGGGGAGCUUCGUCGAAGAGUAUAACAAUAAAGUCCAAAUUGUUUCUCUAGAUGAGGAGACGUCAGAGUUUACUGCUAAGAGCACUUUUGAUCAUCCUUAUCCUACUACCAAGAUAAUGUGGAUUCCUGAUAGCAAAGGAUUAUUUCCCGAUUUAUUAGCGACAUCAGGUGAUUACUUGCGUGUUUGGCGAGCAGCUGAGCCAGAAACACGACUCGAGUGCGUGUUAAACAACAACAAAAACUCGGAUUUCUGCGCGCCGUUGACGUCAUUCGACUGGAAUGAGGUUGAUCCAAAUUUGAUCGGUACCUCGAGUAUCGACACGACUUGCACGAUCUGGGGCCUGGAGACAGGCCAAGUACUGGGUCGCGUCAACAUGGUAACCGGACAUGUGAAAACCCAAUUGAUAGCUCACGACAAAGAGGUUUACGACAUUGCAUUCAGCCGAGCAGGCGGUGGUCGCGACAUGUUCGCCUCGGUGGGCGCAGACGGCUCGGUCAGGAUGUUUGACCUUCGACAUCUGGAGCACUCGACGAUAAUCUACGAGGACCCCCAGCACACGCCGCUGCUAAGACUCGCCUGGAACAAGCAGGAUCCAAAUUACCUGGCCACGGUGGCGAUGGAUGCCUGCGAGGUGAUUAUUCUUGACGUAAGAGUACCUUGUACACCUGUUGCAAGGUUGAACAAUCAUCGAGCCAGUGUCAAUGGCAUUGCGUGGGCUCCUCACUCCUCUUGUCACAUCUGUACCGCUGGAGACGAUCACCAAGCGCUUAUCUGGGAUAUCCAACAAAUGCCUCGCGCGAUCGAGGACCCCAUUCUCGCUUACACCGCCGCUGAAGGCGAAGUUAAUCAGAUUCAAUGGGGUGCUACUCAGCCAGAUUGGAUCGCUAUUUUCUCGAUCAUAUCGCCGACUUUAACUGUUGGGAGUGGUACGUUGGGGUCUUUUUGGUUUGUAAAAAUCUUAACCUACGCGGCAAGGGUCAAAUCUCAACCAAGC